GUGAGAAAGUUCAGACUGUCAAACGAGAGAGGAUGCUUCGACUGACGUCAGUCGGGGGAAGGGCUGAAUGCUCAAGAAAACUAGCGGCGCAGGGUUUGGAUAUUGUCGGGCUUACUGCAGCGUCAACCUGGUUAUCUUAAUCGUUUCGAUCAAAACAAACAGUGAUUUGUCGACAACGCUUCAGACCUAUCCUGUGUCUUGUGUCUCCCAGGCCUGAGCCUCAAGGUGGGGCAGAGUGAGGUGGGUGGUGGGGAAGGAAGGCCUAGCCCCCCAUCCUUGCAAGAGGCCAGCCCCAGCUUCCGCUCCAGUAUCCCCUAGCCUAAGCCCCUCCAGGACUGAGAAGGGACCAUGAGCACAGGCAAGCCCAGCGGAAUCAAGCCCCCCAGUAAGAUAAGCAGGCCAAUUGGGUUACCAACACGCACCUCCCCUUCCUCUGCUGCUUCCAAGCCUGUACCCCCUGAGAAGUCUCCCACCCAGGAUGGAGCAGUGGACUACCGGGUGGGGGAGAAGGUGUGGGUCAACGGCGACAAGCCAGGAUAUGUCCACUUCCUGGGGAAUACACAGUUUGCCCCGGGCCAGUGGGUCGGCAUCGUCCUGGAUGAGGCUAUCGGGAAGAACGACGGGUCGGUGGCAGGUGUCCAGUAUUUCCAGUGUGAGGACGGCAGAGGAAUAUUCACACGGCCCUCCAAGCUGACCAAGACAGCUAUGCCGGAGAGGGAGGCCAAUGGUGGGCAGCCUAACCCUGGCGAGACAGGGGCCAAGUCCUCUAGCUCUGCUGCUGCUGGGGCUGCUACUACCACUGGUAACAGCACCAAGACACCGCUGAGUAGAACCGUGACCGGCAAUGGGUCAAUGUCCAACCUCUCUGAGACCGACUCAGCCAGGAAGACCAGAAGAGAACUAAGACUGGGAGACCGCGUGCUGGUGGGGGGUACUAAGGCAGGGGUGGUGAGGUUCAUGGGAGAGACAGAGUUUGCCAAGGCGGAGUGGUGUGGAGUGGAGCUGGACGAACCUCUUGGGAAGAAUGAUGGAGCCGUGGCUGGAACCAGGUAUUUCCAGUGCCUGCCGCGAUAUGGUCUGUUUGCUCCAGUCCAUAAGGUGACUCGUAUCGGCUUCCCCAGCACCCUGGCUAAAGCCAAGGCUUCCUCUCGGAGACGCUCCACCAUGAAGAGGAGUCCCAGUGCCUCCUCCAUGAGCUCCCUGAGCUCUGUCACCUCCUCUGUUAGUGGGAAACCCAGCCGGGCUGGCCUGUUGACAGAGACCUCGUCACGGUAUGCUCGUAAGAUCUCUGGCAACACAGCGCUACAGGAAGCGCUGAAGGAGAAGCAGCAGCACAUCGAGCAGCUAUUGGCCGAGAGGGACAUGGAACGCGGGGAGGUCGCCAAAGCAACCAGCCAUGCUGGAGAGGUGCAGCAGGAACUGUCUCUGCUCAGGAAGGUUCAGGAGCAGAAUGCUAUGGAGAUGGAAGAUAAGCUGGACCAGCUGCGUAAACUGGUGGAGACAGCAGACAGAGACAAGGUGGAGCUGCUCAGCCAACUGGAGGAGGAGAAGAGGAAAGUGGAAGACCUGCAGUUCACUGUGGAAGAGGCUUGCAUCACUAAAGGUGACCUAGAGACGCAGACCAAACUGGAGCAUGCCCAUAUUAAGGAGCUUGAGCAGAGCCUUCUGUUUGAAAAGACCAAAGCUGACAAACUGCAGAGGGAUUUAGAGGACACUAGGGUGGCAACAGUGUCUGAGCAGUCCAGGAUUAUGGAGCUGGAGAGAGAAGUAGCGGCGCUGCAGUUGAGACUACGCUCCUCCCAGCAGACAGGGGGCGCUGUGUCGCUGUCACCAGAGGCGCUCAGCAACCUUAAGGCACGGGCCCAGUCCCAGGAGAAGAAGAUCAGUGAACUGAAUGUGAAUCUGGACAGCAGGCAGAAACAGCUAUGCUCUGUAGAAGAGGACAAGAGCUCCCUGGAACAGCAGCUAACCAGCCUGAGACAGAAACUGGACGUAGCAGAGGAAAAGAACAAGAGGACGGCACAAACCAUGCAAGAGCUGGAGAAGAGAGGAGAGCAGACGGAAAAAGAGAGGGAGGCACAGAGAGAAGAGAACCAAGGCAAAGAAAAAGAGCUUCAGGAUAGACUGACGCAGGCUGCUGAGUCAUCAGAGAGGACCGCCCACUCACAGGAGCAGCUGAUCAUUGAGAAGACGGCGCUAGAGGCUCAGCUCGAGGCAUUGAAACAGCAGAAUUCCAAAUUCCAGGAGGAACUCAGUCUCUCGCAGGUGCGAGGCAGCUCAGAAAGUCAGCACAUCGGAACUCUGUGCAAGGAAAUUGAGGUACUGAAGCUGGCCAGUCUGACGUCUCAGAACCAGCCAGACAUGAAAGACAGGGAAACUCUGUCCAACCAGGAGACAGAUGAGGACAAGGAGCUGGAGACUCUGAGGGAUGAGAUCGCGGUACUGCGAGGUGAGAACGCCAUGGCCAAGACGCUGCAGUCUGCCGUGGAGACGCUGGAGAGAGACAAGGCCCAGCUACAGGAACGCGUCACCAGCCUGGAGCAGAGGCUAUUGGGACGGCAGGCCUCCGAGGGAGGGGACAGUGGAGUGCCUUCCUCAGGUGACACAGCUCUGGACCAGUUGAGAGAAGAGAAGGAGUUUGCAGAGGGACAGAUUAACUUCCUGAACAGUGUGAUCGUGGACCUACAGAGGAAGAAUGAGGAGUUGAAGGUCAAGCUGAAGAAGAUGGCUCUGGCGGAGUUCAAUGGCAAUGACGGCACUGAUGGUUUGGAGGAGGGUGGAUCUAAGGACAAGAAGGCUCCUCCUCGUCUGUUCUGUGAUAUCUGUGACUGUUUUGACCUGCAUGACACUGAGGACUGUCCAACCCAGGCCCAGAGCCCCGACUCAGUCCCCCACUCUUCCUUCAAGGGCAAGCCUGCCGACCAGCGGCCGUAUUGCGACAUCUGUGAGGCCUUCGGUCACUCCAUAGAGUCCUGCCAGGAAGACCAGACCUUCUAGACACUCAUCUUCUCACCCCAACCAUGCCAGGCCUAGCUUUUAGGACCCUUCACAGACCGCCAACACACACCAGACUACUUUCUCUGGGUUUUUAAUAACAUAGUAUUUAUGUCAUAGUCCACUCACAUAACCCCAAAUCACCCGCUACAAAAGACUCCCCUACUAUUUCUAAUACUUCCUCUCUCUAACUCUCCUCCCUCUAUCUAACUCUCCUAGCUCUCUCUAACUCACCUAGCUCUCUCUAACUCUCCUCUUCUCCCUCUAACUCUCCCUCCAACUCUCCUCCUUCUCUCCAACUCUUCUCCAACUCUCCUCCCUCUCUCUAACUCUCCUCCCUCUCAAACUCUCCUCCCUCUCAAACUCUCCUCCCUCUCAAACUCUCCUCCUUCUCUCCAACAACUCUCCUAGCUCUCUCUAACUCUCCUCUCCUCCCUCUAACUCUCCCUCCAACUCUCCUCCCUCUCUCUCUCUCUCAUCCCUCUCUCUCUAACUCUCCUCCCUCUCAAACUCCUCCUUCUCUCCAACUCUCUUCCUUCUCUCCAACUCUCCAACUCUCCUCCUUCUCUCCAACUCUCCUCCUUCUCUCCAACUCUCCUCCUUCUCUCCAACUCUCCUCCUUCUCUCCAACUCUCCUCCUUCUCUCCAACUCUCCAACUCUCCUCCUUCUCUCCAACUCUCCUCCUUCUCUCCAACUCUCCUAGCUCUCUCCAACUCUCCUCCUUCUCUCCAACUCUCCUAGCUCUCUCCAACUCUCCUCCUUCUCUCCAACUCUCCUCCUUCUCUCCAACUCUCCAACAACUCUCCAACUCUCCUCCUUCUCUCCAACUCUCCAACUCUCCUCCUUCUCUCCAACUCUCCUCCUUCUCUCCAACUCUCCUAGCUCUCUCCAACUCUCCUCCUUCUCUCCAACUCUCCUAGCUCUCUCCAACUCUCCCUCUCUCCAACUCUCCUAGCUCUCUCCAACUCUCCAACUCUCCUAGCUCUCUCUAACUCUCCCUCUCUCUCCAACUCUCCUAGCUCUCUCUAACUCUCCCUCUCUCUCCAACUCUCCAACUCUCCAACUCUCCUAGCUCUCUCUAACUCUCCCUCUCUCUCCAACUCUCCCUCUCUCUCCCUCCCUCUAGCUCUCCUCCCUCUAGCUCUCCUCCCUCUCGAACUAUCCUUCCCUCCCUCGAACUCAUCUCCAUCUCUCUAACUCUCAUCUCUCUAACUCUCAUCUCUCUAACUCUCAUCUCUCUAACUCUCAUCUCUCUAACUCUCAUCUCUCUAACUCUCAUCCCUCUCUAACUCUCAUCCCUCUCUAACUCUCAUCUCUCUAACUCUCAUCUCUCUAACUCUCAUCUCUCUAACUCUCAUCUCUCUAACUCUCAUCCCUCUCUAACUCUCAUCCCUCUCUAACUCUCCUUCCUUGCUUUAACUCUCCUCUUAUCCCUCUCCUCUCUCUAACUCCUUCUCCUACGUCCAGAGAUAUACUGCUGUGGUGCAAGAUCAAUUUUAGGAUUGAAACAAAAUGAAUCAGUUUUCUGUUAUUAGUCAUAAAUGAAUCAGCCUUCUGUGAUUUAUUCCUAAAGUAAUCAGUCUUUUGUUUUUAGUUCAUAAAGGAAGGGGUCUUCUGUUAUUAGUUCAUGAAGGAAUCAGUAUUCUGUUAUUAUUUCAUAAAGGAAUCUAAGUCUUCUGUUAUUAGUUAAUUAUUUUAUGUAUUUGUUCGUUUUCAUAUAGAACAUGGGUUGGUUUUUGACUUCAGUUCCUACGGGAACUAAACUUCCUAUGUGUAACCGGGCAAGAGGGAGGGCAUUUGACACAGACAUACGCAUGGUAAAUGGCCUGGAUGCACCAGACUGGUGCACUGCUAAUAGCACUAUUAAUGUUUCUCUAACACAUUCCUGUCUUUCUCAUGUCACAUUCCCAGUCAGUGUACUGUAUCCAGGCCCAGACAAGGACCCUGGGGAUGUCCACUCCACAAAGGGAACAAGCUAGUACCACAGGACACAUCUACUUGUACUACUAGGUUGUGUUCAGUAGGUACCAAAUGGUAGAGAACGUUUUAGAACUGGAGAUAUUUUGGGAAAUUCUCAACAACAAAAAAAGCUAAUUUUCAGUUUAAAAACGUUUUCUGGUUUCAUGUCCACUCAACAUGAACCUGGUGCUAGUUGCACAAGUUUGUUUACCAUUGUGAAUCUUGUUCUGGAGGCAGCUCUGCAGAGUGGUCACUAGCUGGCACAGCCACAAAGUCAUAAAAUCUGAUUUGAACCCUAACCUUAAUCACACUGCUAACCCUAAUGCCUAAUCCUAACCAUAAAUUAAGACCAAAAAGCAUAUUUUUGUUUUCAUAAAUGUUUACAAUAUAGCUCAUUUUGACUUUGUAGCUGGCCUAUCUAAGGGGAAAUCUCUCCAGUACAAGACUCAUAACAAUUAAUGUCAACAAGAAGCCAGCCACUACUAACUUACUGCACUACUCACUUUAAAGCGCCCUCUUAGACUACAGGUCACACUUAGACUAUUUCUGUUUUAGAAUGGCAGUUUCUAACUUAUUGAUUUGAUAAUAAAUGUCAAGACAGAAUGGUACCUAGUAGUUACUUCACGUUUUAUGUAAUGCCUAUGUUUUUAAUGUAUUGUCUUUUAAAAACUAUCUGUAUAGAUAUACAUGUAUUAGAGCUAUGUAUUGAAGCACACAGUUUGGAUCAUAUUGAAUCUCCCAGUGUAUCAAAGAUAUGUAUGCUAGAUCUAUGUGACUAACCAAUGACACCUGAAUUUGUAAAUACCCAUCAGAUGUUUUCUGAAAGAACAAAAUGUGCACAAGGUGCCAUGGAAACAAAAGGAUAUUUAAUGCGUAUUUUCUUCUUCUGCUUUGUCUUGAUAGGAAACGGACCUGUAUGUUGUUGUAUGAUAAUGCCGUAUCGACUCCAGGGAACAAACUUAACACACUUGUAAAGAUGUUAUUAACUCUAUAAGCACAUUGUUGACUAUUUCUACUUUACUAAGUGACGUGUCUGAUUAGUGCACUGUUUUCUAUGUUACACUUAACAUCAUCUAUAAAGGGUUUGUAAAUAGUUAAACUUAUAAACCCUUUACAGAUGAGGACCCUUAAAAUGCUACUGUUUUUCUAUGUUCUGUAUACACUUAAUGAUUCAAUACAACAAAUACUAUAAAAACAAAUACUCCA